UGAAAAAAAGUAUGUAUGCAGCGGUGGAACAUGGGCCUGUCCUUUGCAGUGACUCCAACAUCCUCUGCCUGUCCUGGAAGGGGCGCGUUCCCAAGAGUGAGAAGGAGAAGCCGGUGUGCCGGAGGCGCUACUAUGAGGAGGGCUGGCUGGCCACGGGCAACGGCCGGGGCGUUGUCGGGGUGACCUUCACCUCGAGCCACUGCCGCCGGGACAGAAACACGCCACAGAGAAUAAACUUCAACCUGCGGGGCCACAAUAGUGAGGUUGUGCUGGUGAGGUGGAAUGAGCCAUACCAGAAGCUGGCCACGUGUGACGCAGAUGGAGGGAUAUUUGUGUGGAUUCAGUACGAAGGGAGGUGGUCUGUGGAAUUGGUCAACGACCGAGGGGCUCAGGUGAGUGAUUUCACGUGGAGCCAUGAUGGGACUCAAGCACUUAUUUCAUAUCGAGAUGGGUUUGUCCUGGUUGGUUCUGUCAGCGGACAAAGACACUGGUCAUCUGAGAUCAACUUGGAAAGUCAAAUCACAUGUGGCAUAUGGACUCCUGAUGACCAACAGGUGCUGUUUGGCACGGCUGACGGGCAGGUGAUCGUCAUGGACUGCCACGGCAGGAUGCUGGCCCACGUCCUCCUGCACGAGUCCGACGGCAUCCUCAGCAUGUCCUGGAACUACCCUGCCUUCCUGGUGGAGGACAGCAGUGAGAGCGACACCGACUCAGACGACUACUCUCCGCCCCAAGACGGUCCAGCAGCGUAUCCCAUCCCGGUGCAGAACAUCAAGCCACUACUCACCGUCAGCUUCACCUCGGGGGACAUCAGCUUAAUGAACAACUACGAUGACUUGUCUCCUACUGUCAUCCGCUCAGGGCUGAAAGAGGUGGUGGCCCAGUGGUGCACCCAGGGAGACCUCCUGGCUGUCGCUGGUAUGGAACGGCAGACCCAGCUUGGUGACCUCCCCAACGGCCCUCUUCUGAAGAGUGCCAUGGUCAAGUUCUACAAUGUCCGCGGGGAGCACAUCUUUACUCUGGACACGCUUGUACAACGCCCCAUAGUCUCCAUCUGCUGGGGACACCGGGACUCGCGGCUGCUGAUGGCUUCAGGACCGGCCCUGUAUGUGGUGCGUGUGGAGCACCGUGUGUGCAGCCUGCAGCUGCUGUGCCGGCAGGCCGUCGCCAGCGCCCUGCGGGAGGACAAGGACGUCAGCAAGCUGGCCCUGCCCCCCCGCCUCUGCUCCUACCUCUCCACCGCCUUCAUCCCCACCAUCAAGCCCCCAAUUCCAGAUCCCAACAACAUGCGAGACUUUGUCAGCUACCCCUCAGCCGGCAACGAGCGUCUGCACUGCACCAUGAAGCGCACAGAGGACGACCCGGAGGUGGGAGGUCCGUGUUACACCCUCUACCUGGAGUACCUGGGCGGGCUCGUGCCCAUCCUCAAGGGGCGGCGCAUCAGCAAGCUGCGGCCAGAGUUCGUCAUCAUGGACCCCCGGACGGAUAGCAAAUCAGAUGAAAUCUACGGAAACAGCUUGAUCUCCUCCAUGCUGGACAGCUGCAACUGCUCGGACUCCAGUGACGUGGAACUGAGUGACGACUGGGCUGCCAAGAAAUCCCCCAAAAUCUCCCGCGCUAGCAAGUCACCCAAACUCCCAAGGAUCAACAUUGAGGCCCGGAAGUCUCCCAAGCUGUCCCGGGCUGCUCAGGAGAUGUCCAGGUCUCCCCGGUUGCCGAUGCGCAAGCCCUCCAUUGGCUCGCCCAGUCUGACGCGAAGAGAGUUUCCCUUUGAAGACAUCACUCAGCACAACUAUCUUGCUCAGGUCACGUCUAAUAUCUGGGGAACCAAGUUUAAGAUUGUGGGCUUGGCUGCUUUCCUGCCAACCAACCUCGGUGCAGUAAUCUAUAAAACCAGCCUCCUGCAUCUCCAGCCGCGGCAGAUGACCAUCUAUCUCCCAGAGGUUCGGAAGAUUUCCAUGGACUAUGUUAAUUUACCUGUCUUCAACCCAAAUGUUUUCAGUGAAGACGAGGAUGAUUUACCAGUGACGGGAGCUUCUGGUGUGCCCGAGAACAACCCGCCGUGCACAGUGAACAUCCCUAUUGCACCCAUCCACAGCUCGGCCCAGGCUAUGUCCCCCACUCAGAGCAUAGGCUUGGUGCAGUCCCUGCUGGCCAACCAGAAUGUGCAGCUGGACGUCCUGACCAAUCAGACCACGGCAGUGGGGACAUCGGAGCAGGGAAGCGACAGUGCCACCCAGUACCCCGUCUCCAACCGCUACUCCAACCCUGGACAGGUGAUCUUUGGAGGUGUGGAGAUGGGCCGCAUCAUCCCGAACCCUGCUCAGCUGUCCCUGCCGCCGCCCGCGCAGGGGGCGAUCCAGCUGUCGGUGGUGGACCACGGAGACCGGGACCAUGACCACCUGCAGAAGUCGGCCAAGGCCCUGCGGCCGGUGCCGCAGCUGGCUGCCGAAGGGGACGCAGUGGUGUUCAGUGCCCCACAGGAGGUCCAGGUGGCGAAGAUGAACCCCCCACCCCCCUACCCGGGAACCAUCCCUGCUGCCCCCACCACCGCAGCGCCGCCGCCCCCGCUGCCGCCCCCGCAGCCCCCGGUGGACACGUGCCUGAAGAAGGGCGAUUUCUCGCUGUACUCCACAGCGGCACAUUACCAGACGCCCCUGGGCUAUGAGAGGAUCACCACCUUUGACAGCAGCGGCAACGUGGAGGAGGUGUGCCGGCCUCGGACGCGGAUGCUCUGCUCCCAGAACACCUACACCCUCCCCGGUCCGGGCAGUUCGGCCACGCUGAGGCUCACCGCCACCGAGAAGAAGGUCCCCCAGCCCUGCACCAGUGCGACCCUGAACCGCCUGACGGUCCCACGCUACUCCAUCCCGACGGGAGACCCACCCCCGUACCCCGAAAUCGGCGGCCCGCUUGUGCCCGGACGGGGCGCGGCCCAGAGGCCCGACAGUCUCAUCCACGCCACGCUGCGCAGGAACAACCGCGAGGUGGCGCUCAAGGCGUCGCAGCUGGCCGAGCCCCCGCGGGCCCCGCCGCAGCACCCGCCCAAGCCCAAGGGCGCGGCGCAGUUCCCGGCGCAGUUCCCGGCGCGGUCGCCGCCGGCCGUGUACACCUGCAGCCAGUGCAGCGGCGGGGGGACGGGGGGGCGGCCCGAGCCGGGCGCCGGGGGGGCGCACGCCGCCAGCUCCUCCCCCCUGACCUCGCAGUCGUCCUACAGCCUCCUGAGCCCGCCCGACGGCGCCCGCGAGCGCGCCGACUACGUGAACUCGGCCUUCACCGAGGACGAGGCGCUGGCCCAGCACUGUCAGCUGGAGAAGCCCCUGAGGUACCCCGCGCUGCCCGAAGCUGCUGUGGCCAUCAAACGGCCACCCCCUUACCAGUGGGACCCCGUGCUGGGGGAGGACAUCUGGGUUCCUCAGGAAAGGACAGCACAGACUGCAGUGCCCACCCCCCUGAAACUGCCCCCUCUUACAGUAGGUCAGAGCCAGCACCUGGACGUGUCCCGAGUGUCCUUCGUCUCCCCGAAGUCUCCGGCCAGUCCUACUGCCACUUUCCAAACAAGCUAUGGGAUGGGGAUGCCGUAUCCAGGAAGCUAUAACACACCCCCUUUGCCGGGAGUGCAGACUCCCUGCUCCCCAAAAGAUGCCCUGUCCCCCGCACCAUUUGCACCGCAGGAGUCAGCAGUGGUUCUGCAGCCUGCCUACCCACCCAGCCUCUCGUACUGCACCCUGCCCCCCAUGUAUCCGGGAAGCAGCACCUGCUCGAGUUUACAGCUGCCACCCAUCGCCUUGCACCCCUGGGGUUCCUACAGCCCUUGCCCGCCCGUGCAAAGCCCCCAGGGCACUCUCCCCCCCAAGGCUCACCUGGUGGUAGAGAAGCCCCUCGUGUCCCCACCGCCCACCGACCUCCAAAGCCACUUGGGUACUGAGGUGAUGGUAGAGACCACAGACAACUUCCAAGAAGUCCUCUCCCUGACGGAGAGCCCAGUCCCCCAGCGGACAGAGAAGUUCGGCAAGAAGAACCGGAAGCGCCUGGACAGCCGAGCAGAGGAAGGAAAUGUUCAGGCCAUCACGGAGGGCAAAGUGAAGAAGGAGGCACGGACUUUGAGUGACUUUAAUUCCCUGAUCUCCAGCCCCCGCCUGGGCAGAGAGAAGAAGAAAGUGAAGAGUCAGAAAGACCAACUGAAGUCAAAGAAAUUGAACAAGACGAAUGAGUUCCAGGACAGCUCGGAGAGCGAGCCCGAGCUGUUCAUCAGCGGGGAUGAGCUGAUGAACCAGAGCCAGGGCAGCAAGAAGGGCUGGAAGAGCAAGCGGAGCCUGAGGACGGCCAGCGAGCUGGAAGAGUUCAAGUGCCGGAAAGCCAGCGAGAAGGAGGAUGGGCGGCUGGGCAGCCAGGGCUUCGUGUAUGUCAUGGCCAACAAGCAGCCUCUGUGGAACGAAGCCACCCAGGUGUACCAGCUGGACUUCGGGGGGCGGGUGACCCAGGAAUCGGCCAAGAACUUCCAGAUUGAGCUGGAGGGGCGGCAGGUGAUGCAGUUUGGAAGGAUUGAUGGCAACGCGUACAUUCUGGACUUCCAGUACCCCUUCUCAGCUGUGCAGGCCUUCGCCGUUGCCCUGGCCAAUGUGACUCAGCGCCUGAAGUGAAAAGACUGGUAUGGGGCGGAAAGAGAGGCAAAGGAGCCUUUUCAGAGAGGUCUCCUCAGCGCUGCUCGAGGAGCCUCCCGGGGCCCCAGGUGCCCGGGGACCAGAAGACAAGAGCAAAACUGGAAGACUCUGUCAGGCCCAGGAGAGGGGACUGACCUUUAAUUGUUGUCAUUUGUUUGGGCUUUUAUAAUCCUUUAUUGUUUCUCUUUCUUCUUUCUUUUUAAACAAAAAGAGAAUGCAGAAGAGUGGUAUUUGGAAGCAAAGGGUGCGAGGCACCUGGUGUUCCUUUAGGAAACACAGUUGCUGUGGUAAUGUCCUCCUGUGUUUGCUUCUGUCAGCUGCCAAGACAAGGGGCCCUCAGAAGGAAG